AUGAAAGAAAAAAAUAUAGUAUCUAUAGGUUUAAAAGCGCAAAUAAAUGAGCUUGAAAAAUCAAUAAACAACAUAGCUACUGAAAUUGAUGAAAAAACUCUAAAUAAUAAUGUAAAAAGUACUUAUUUUCUUAAAUUAUGUGAAGAAAAGAAAAGUAUUUUGAUCAAAUUUUUAAACGAAGAAAAAAAGAAGGUAUUUGAUGAUAUUGAAAAUAAUAAAAGUAAUAUGUUACAAAAAAUUAGUAUAAUUAAUGAAAAAAAUGAAGAUGUUAAAAAACAGUCAGAAAUAUUAAUGAUAGAAAAAAAUAAAAAUUUAUGUUUUAUAAAGAAUUUAGAAAAUAAAAUUGAAAAAAUUAGAGGAAUUAUAAUGUGA